UUCCUUAAAGUGCGAGUACAGGAUAACACCAUGUACCUAACAAAUGUUUUGUUGGAAAAUUUUCUUAUUAAAAUGGUUCUUUCGCUACUUAUCGUUCAUUCAUUGGUGAAAUGUGACAAAAACAAUGAACAACGGUUCCAGUUUCCUGAAUUCGAUUACAAGGAAACUAAUAAAAAUGAAUUAUCGUAUCGUGAAUUCGAAUCAGCAUGUGAGCAGAGCUCUCAGUGCAAGGAAUUGCAACCGAAUGGUAUACAAAGGCACCGAUGCAUCAUGGAAUGCAUUUCGCCGAGUUGCUAUCAGGACAUUUACAGAUUUGACGAGUUGGAAGAAGGUGAAAUCGAUGUACGACUCGUGUCGUUCAAAGGAUGCUUUGUACAACGCUUAGGGAGGUCACGAAAUCGAUAAAAUAAUUAAUUUUUCGGAUUAUGGACCGCAGAAAAUAUUUUUAAUU